CUGAUUUACUACUGUAGUCACUGUAAUAGCCCGCACCGAACGACUACAAACACACACCGCUGAUAUAAAUGCUGGUCUGCCUCGUCGACACAGACUACACGCUUUGCGAUCCCGCACGGCAAAGCUUGGGAUGUAGGGACUGGUAAAGAAGGCUGAUGACCUACCGUCUACUGUAGCGUAGCGACCCCAUCAAGCCUUCGUUCAAACUCCCGCUGGCGGUGAAUCGCGUGGAAAUAAUACUCGAGCAGUCUGGCCUAUUUUGCCACCAAGUUCAAGCCGAUUAUUUGACGGCAAUCCUUUUCUUGCCCUUGGUAGGUCCACUCGGUGUGACAGUAUAGGGAAAGACUGGCCGAUUUUUCACGAUUUGGGGUAAAACCUGAGUUUAAGCCAACGACAUUUAGAGCUAAAUUUCUGUUUUGUAUGAGGGACGUGAAGCCGUUAUCCUUCAUGUACAAAGCGUUUUGAAUUGUGAUCUCGCAACUUGACUGGAACUCUUGCGGACUUAUUAAUUGGCUUUGUUGUGAAGGAAGACUUACAAACAACAAUGUCGAAGCGAAAGUUGGAUAUGACAGAAGUGUUUGCCGCCGCUGAGGCUGAAUUGGGUGAAGAGCUGGGCUCAGGCAGUGAGAGCUCCUGUUCCACUGAUAGGUCAGACCAGGACGGCAAGAAAAACAACAACGGCGCCAAAAGUAGACGUCGCAAGUCCAAGCCUGCCAUGGACAGUUUACUGGAAGAUGAUGAAACGGACGCCAACGGGAAUAGGCACCCGAGAAUGGCGGCAAACGCCCGGGAACGUCACAGGACGCACAGCGUCAAUUCUGCCUUCACAACCCUGCGGGAUCUGAUCCCUACGGAGCCCAAGAACCGUAAACUGUCCAAGAUCGAGACCCUGCGACUAGCCACUAGCUACAUCAGUCAUCUGGGUACCCUUCUGCUUGUUGGCGAUGAGGAGAUAGACCAGCCUUGCAUGCAUCGGGCUAUGGUGGGUCGACAGCCCCACGAACCGGGGCCACGAAUCAUCUGUACAUUCUGUCUCAGUCAUAUGAGGUCAUCUUCAUCUGCAUCGAAAACAACGCCGAUGCGUUCUGGCCAGCGACACAACAUAAACGACAUGAACGGCAUGAUGCACCAUCAUCCCUCCACACACCCCAUGCAUCACCACCACCAUCACCACCAGCAGACAGCGGCCAUGAUGAGAUGAAAUACCCGGAUGGUACACAUGUGCAGGAAAACAUGGACUCUUUACCAUAUUAUGUACUGCGCCUUUUUUGGACACAAGGUUGGCAACUUCAUGAAAAUUUGCUCGAAGGUUUGCAACCUCAUUCCCACUAUAGGAUGACUACGGUUCUUCAAGUUUCGUUGGACCUACAGUGGAUUCUUUGUAAACAGUUUACAUUAUUUUGCAUUAUUAUAUCAUUUUUUUCUCGAUAAUUUAAAAACAAAAUCCUGUAAAGAUUUUAUUAGUAUGCGUAGAGAUUGUUUAAUAGUAGUUCAAGACACUUGCAAGAUGCUGAAAUGUCUGGACAGCGUUGUGUUGCGAGUGAAGCAGAUCCUACUAGAGUUACAAAGAAAAAGCAUUGUUAAGGUGGUGUUCCCUGACUCCUGGAAAUGGCGUAAGCAAUGGAGUGUUAUCCCUUUCACCCUGCUUCGCUCUUGCCAAAUGAAUGACUCCUCAGGGUUGACAUCUAUUAUCCGAAGUCGGAUGUCCUUGUCAUGUCCAGUGCUGUUGCCUAUAAGUUAUGGGAAGGCCUCAGGGUAUACCGUGUCAACAUAGACCGGAUAUCCGCUGUAAUUUAUAGAAUAUGAACCUUCUGAUAAACAAUUAAACAACACAAAGUAUGAAACUUAAAGCAGGUCCAAAGUAAACCUCUGAUUUUAGGCCAAGGAGGGGGGACAUACAGGGAAGCAUAUCUCUCACAACAUUUGAAGCAUGCAAAUAGGCCUGCGAAAGAUCGGACCCUUACAUCGAAAGCAGCACUAGCUGAGGUCAACAUAGUACUUCCGGGGUCAACAGGCGGGGUUAGUUUGCAAAGAGGAGAAUAUUUAUAUCCUGUUCUCCAAUGGCCUCUACUUAUCAACUCUUGAAAACAAAAGCGCCAUGUAGCUUGUUUGGUUUAAUCAAACAUGGCUCGUUAAUGGGUUAACAUAAUCUUUUUAUUAGACAUUAUUAGCCUGACCAGAUAUAAUUUUUGGUAAGAGAAUGAUAUGCAAAAUAAUGUUAGUAUACUAAGCGAAGGGCCACGGUUUCCAUCAUGUAAACAAUUCCUGCAAUUUGCCGUAUAAAAUGACACUGAGCCUUGUACCACUUUGUUUAACAGCUUGCCAGCUCACAAGAAUGCUAUCGUAUAGAUCGCAAAAAGCCGUGUAAUCCAAUUGUCAUCAAUGUCAUCUAUAAAAAAGAUGCUAGACAUGAGCAUCUGUAGCAAAUGAUCAACUUAUCCAGAUGCAAUUGUAUACACGACAUGCUGCAUUUUUUCCAAUGUCAUUUUUUAUAAAGUCGAGGUAACGUCAGGUGGCAGUUGGUAUCAAAUCAACAACGCUGUGACCGGAACAGAUAAGCAGACUGACUUUGUUAUUAACAUAGGAUCUCCCACCAUAGAGUGUGCCUAACACGCAAGAACAUGUGAAUUGUUACCUAAGCAGCUAUUCUGCCAGGUAAUUUGCUGAGUUUUGGGGAGAAACAUUACUGGAAAGAAAGUUGAUUUAUCGGGAGAUGAGAUAGCCAAACUUGAUAGUAAUACUGAGCUUGUAUUAAGUACUUGUACAUGUAAAUGGUACUACUACGCAAUUCCAUGGGCAGUACAAAAGGAUGAAACCUAGAAGAGUAACCGUAAAUGGCUUCCAACAUGAAAAUAAUGCAGACAGAACCAGAUUAUACCAAGUAUCUAAUUGUCGCUGUGUUGGUAUUCUGAUGAAGUGGUUGAAGCCAUUACCUAAAAUGAGUACAUUUAAUUUGUACAGUGUGUUAUUAAGUAUUUACCCAAGUUCUUUGUGUCAGUCGUCUUUAGAUUAUUGAGUACCCCUAACCUGACAAAGAUGUGUCAAGUUGACUCUGUAAUGCUAUAUCGUGACAGUAACAGUUUCUACCAACACUGUGUUGCUAUUCCAUAGCUCCUUUUUCUUCCACUGGCUUUUUUGUGCAACCUGGUGUCGCCAUCCAAUCUCGAUGUUCUUUUUAGAAACGGUAUUGCCUUUAUGGCACGAUAAUGUUUCUCUGACACAUUGUUUUUAAUACAGUGAGUGCUUCUGUCGAAGAUUCUGCUCUUCAAACCAGACGUUAAAAUUCCUUAUCGUAUCAACAUCCAGUAUAAGCUUAAAAAUAUUGUUAGUUUGAUUAUUGUUUGCCUUUUUGUGAAUUCAGUUCCUUGAACUGCCACCAAGCCUCCUGAAUAUUAUGGACCAUAAUACGAGUGCCUGGCGAUGCAUACAUAUUCAUGCAGUUGCUUUACUGUUACAAAUCAUGAUGUAUAGGUCUCGGUUUCUGCAGUAAAUAGCCUCACCAUAUGCUCAAAUCGAAAAAACAGGUUUGUGAUAGAUAGAUAGAUCACAACUCUAUGGGAGCGAAAGACAGGGAAAUACUGAAGUGAAAUAUUUAGGUACAGACUACAAGCGUUUGAUUUCUGGUUAUUUAUUACCUUUAGACAACAGGUUGUUUGGGUUUUUUUUUUUUACUGUAGAUUGGUGUGAGGUCAUUUUUUUAUGUUCUUAAUUCCGUUUAGACGUGACCAUGUAAUUCCAAAAGUACUUAGUUUGUAUGAACUGAAAAUUGAAAUGAUACAAAAUCAUCUCACAUUUCAUAUUUAUUCCUGAAAUGUUAUAUCCAUGCAAAGGUAUAUUUUCUGAUAAAACGUUUACAGAUACAAGCUGAAGUGAACGAUGCUUUCUAGUGAAACUUGAUGCAAAUGAUCAAAUUUAAGCAACGGUGUAGUUGAAAGGACAUUAACUCAAUGGGAAUACAAAAUAUUCGUUAACGAAAUUUAAAACUUUGGAAAGGUACUGUUAAUCCGAUGUAAUGUUUUUUUCCUAGUACUGACAUUCAACGAGACUUUGUGAGAAGAUGUACCUUUUUUUUUCGUUUCUUCAUUUCACUCCCAUUUAAGUUCUUGUUUGUAUUUUGCGAUUUCACUUUGGUUUAUCCUUUUUUGGCCUCUGCCAUGACACAAGAGUAGCUUAAUCAUUGUGGCACGGUGUGACUGCUUGUAGGGAAAUUGUCCAAACAUGAAAGACAUUGGCAUUGUUAAUAUCAAAGUGUUAGUGGAAAGAUUGUACAGUAACAACCAUUCUUGGCAACUGUUUCCCGAUUUCCUUGUAUUUACCUGUAGUUUUGUAUUUUCUAACGAGGGUUUAGAGUAUAAGAGGCCUGGGUGACCUCACCUUGAGGAAUUGUCAAUAACUUCCUGUCAGUACUUGUUAGUGUUUCCAGUGGGUUUCCAAAAAAGGUCCGCAUUUGAUUUGAGGCUGUUUUUCCAAAGAAUAGGAUGGAAGUGUCACUCUUAGCAUCAUGGACCGAGAGAAAGUUUAUCGUUGAGAAGUAACUCUACGACACAAGCAACAUGUAUCUUCUCUGAUUUUGCGAAUUUGCAAACUUCGUUGUCCGCUCUUUAAUCUGUAAAAUGCUCUCCAACCUCAUAAUUAUAUUCUCAAACCUUACUAUUUUCAUAUCAGCCUUUAUGUUACGUCGUUAUAACCCCAUCAAUGGGAAUGUUCAAUGUUUUACUUCAUAGCUUUCAAAUAACACAAGGAUACAACGACUUGACUUUCACAGUUUUUUGGUUCGAGGGUUGUGUGUUUUUCAGUUAGGUUUUUAAACACGAUAACAUAAACUACGCGCUGUGUAUUAUAUCUAAUUCUUAAUUAAUGAUCUUGCUAAGAAUCAUGGUAAAGACAAUACUUUGUAUCACAUUUCAAGAUUAUCCUUUGUACAAUAACUAUUCGUCAACCUGCGUUUUACAGUACGUAAAGCAAUUAAAUGCGAUGUAAUUUUUCUAAAAGUACGCAGUUAACAUUUGUUUUUAUAAAUACAAAGUUAAUUAAUUUACUUUCUGCUGAUUGAUUAAUUUUUUGGCAUUCUCUGAAUUUUUAGAGCACAAUAAGUAAAAUGAUGGGGGGACAUACAGUCACCUUUGUGCGAGGUUGUCCAGCCGCUGUGUUGUCGCACAACAUCCAUUUCACUAGAAAAUCUAGGUUGUUAUGUAAAUUUGGUUUGGUUUAAUCUGGAUGAAAUACAUGUAGCAUCGCAACUUACCCAAAGAAGG